ACUCUCCGGUUAGGUUUCUUCUCCGGCCAUAUCAUGUUUCGUCGUCUAAUUCUCCGGCAAGCAGCGGUCGUCGCAUCGGAAUCGAAGACUGCUCGUCAUCAUCUUCAUGGAUUCGAUCAACGAAGAGGAUUACACAGCAGGAACAAGAAGGCAAUGGAGUAUGUAGCUAAAGGAUGGAGUGCGAUUAAGGAAGUGGAUAGAGUUAUCGAUUACUGUGAACUCAAUGAUCGUCGCCUUAUUCCUCUCCUCAGGGGAGCUAAAGAGAACUUUGAACUUGCUCUGGAAGCUGAUAAUUUGAACACUCAUGCUAGAUAUUGGCUUUCUAAGUUGCAUUUGAAGUACCAUGUUCCUGGAGCUUGUAAAGCUGUUGGAGCUGCUUUGCUAGUUGAAGCUGCAGAUAUGGGUAAUGCGGAUGCUCAAUAUGAGCUAGGGUGUCGUUUAAGAAUCGAGAAUGAUCAUGUCCAGUCGGAUCAACAGGCGUUCCACUAUAUAGAGAAUGCUGUUGAUCAGCUGCAUCCAGGUGCCCUCUAUCUUUUAGGAACAGUGUAUCUGACAGGAGACUGUGUGAAGCAAGAUGUGGAAUCAGCUAUUUGGUGUUUCCAUAGGGCUUCAGAGAAGGGACAUGCCGGUGCUGCUAUAGCGUAUGGAUCACUAUUACUUAGAGGUGUGCAAGUCCCAGAAUCUCUAACAAAAGUGAACCCUGCGGGAGUUUCGCCGCCCAAGAGAUCAAGAAAAAACUCAGAAAACCCUGAGAUGAAUCCACUAGAGAUGGCAAAAGAGCAGUUCCAAAUCGCUGCAAGAGCAGGGUGCGACCUGGGGCUGAAAUGGCUACAAAGGGUGGAACAAGAAGAGAAACUUCUUUCGAACGAGCAAGAUACGGAAUGUGCCUACGUAUGAUGCAGCUACUUAUGUUUCUGGUGGAGUGAAAUCAUCAAGCAGUUUGUAUUAUGGUGCAAAUUGUACCCGCUUGAAAGAUAUCUGUCUAUAGAAAAUAAAGAGAUCAUUUCUUUUUUUGUCCUUAGUUUCAGGUUUCAAAAUAUACCAAUCACUAUUUUCUAA